ACAGGGACUUGACCCCUUCUUCUCCAAGUUGGAAGUUGGAAACCUAGCCCUUACCUCCUUCUUCUCCUUCUCCGUUCCCGGAAGCCGGCGAGUGAGGGUGAUAGUUAUAACAAUCAAUAACCCCUCUCCUUUUAUUGUCUCCUUUUCUCUUUCCAUCGAAGGCGAUUUCAGCGGCGGGAGGGCGACUUGCCGCUCCUCUUCUCCGGCGAGUCACUAUCUGAGGCUAUUUUGUUGAGCCCCUCCCCCGGUGCCCCCUUCUUCUUCUCCAUAUCCGUUCGGCCAGCGAAUCUAUCUGUUCUCUGGUGUAAUUUACCCUCUUUUUAAUAAGAAAGGAAGAAGAAAAGUGCUCCUACUGCAUUUGACGUCUGAAGAUGGCAAAUUUUGCGCAGAUUCCGACAAGCUUUGGUCACGAGCUACGGGCUUGCCUUCGCUGCAGGCUUGUCAAGACUUACGAUCAGUUUAGAGAAUCAGGAUGUGAAAACUGCCCCUUUUUUGGCAUGGACAAAGAUCACGAGCGUGUGGUGGAAUGCACCACUCCUAAUUUUACUGGGAUAAUCUCGGUCAUGGAUCCAAGUAGAAGUUGGUCUGCUCGAUGGUUGCGCAUAGGAAGAUUUGUUCCUGGUUGCUACACUCUUGCUGUCUCAGAAGCACUCCCAGAAGAACUGCAGGCCAUAUGUGAGGAGGAACGUGUCCAAUAUAUACCACCAAAACGUGGAUAGCACCCUUCUAUGGAAAUGAAAGCAGAUGCUGAUAUAUGCAAGCGUACCCACUGAUAAGGCUCAUCAACUUGUUCCUUGAAGGAAUUACAGUCAGUUUCUGUUGUGACCUUGAUUUUGAUAAGGCAGUUUUAGCCUUUCCCAGUAGACUAAAUAUAGGUUUCCUUAAUUUGUAUGGAGUGAAGAGCUAAAGAAAGGUAAGGUACAUAAUAAAGGUGUAUACAUCACCAAUUAAGACCUUGGUUAUACUGUAAAUGAAAGUAAGUCUUCACUGUUCGAUGCCUUUGGACCUGUCUGGGCCCUGCACUGGAAUGAUUUUGUUGUUUAAUGGAUUUAGUGCCUUGUGGGUUGAUUCUGUGAUUUAUAUGAAUACAAAGGAAACCCUUCUUUUA